AUGGAUAGAAAUAGAGAAGAUAGAGAUACAUAUAUAGAGAGAGAUAAAGAAAGAGAAAAAGAUAGAAAUGUAAAUAAUAAUGUAAAUAAAAAAUAUAAUAAUAAUAGCAAUAGUAAUAGUAAUGGUAAAUAUAGUGAUAAUAAAAGAAAUCAUUAUAAACCAUAUAGUAGAGAUAGUCAUAAUGAAAAUAAUAAAAAUCAAAAAAUAGAUAAAGAACAAUGUAAAAUGUAUAAUUUACCAACAAUUAUUACAUCACAAAAAGAAAGUGAUCCUGUUAAAUUGAAAACCAGACAAAAAGAUAUUGAUUUUGGUAAGAAUACAAUUGGAUAUGAUAAUUAUAUAGCUCAAAUACCAAGACAUAAACGUGAAAAACAACAUCCAAGAACACCAGAUAAAUAUCAAAGAUGUAGUAGAAGAAGCUGGGCUGGUCAAAUCAAAAAAUGGAGAAAAGAAUUACAUAAAUUCGAUCCUAAUGCUACAGAAGAAGACGACGAUGACAAUUAUAUAAGCGAUACUAUUAAUAAUAAGAAUGACAAUGAUGAAGAUAAUAAAGAAGAUCAACAACAACAACAACAAGUAAAUAAUGAUAAAGAUCAAGCACAUCAAACAGACGAUACCGAUGAUUUAGAAGCUAAUCAAUUAUUAUUAUCAUCUUUAUUAUCGACAACAACGACAACUACCACAACCACUUCAACAACAUAA